GUGCAGUUCAAGUGAAAACGCGGAUCCGACCCGUCUGCGCCCAAAACUCCACCCGACGAUCCACUUUCCAAAUCUCAAACACAUCCAUCUCCCCUAAAAAUUUGAAAAUCAGAUUGCCGCUCGGGCAUCUUAAAAUCUAACGGACAUUUUCUCUCUCUACUCACCGGAGAAAACUCGCCGUCGCCGGAGUAUGUGGAUGUAGUUCAAUGAUGACGACGAACGUAGAGAAGCUCGUGCGCAACAUAUUCGAGCGCACAAAUGGGAUUAUAGAACAAGUGAAGCAGCAAACCUACCUUUACGAACAACAACUCGCAUCUAAUCUCCUCAUUCAAGGAAUCAACCCUCCUCCUUGGUUUCUUAACCCUAAUCUACACUCUGUUUCUUCAGAUCCCCAAGAAUUAAACAGAGAAGAGCUGAUAUCAGACCUUCUACUUCCUCAUGCAAGACUGACGUUUCCUUAUUCAACUGGUCAGUGUUACUUGCGGAGCAGGGUAACUGGUAUAAGGGACAAUGGUGAGUUAUUGGAUAAAUUACCUAAUGAUAUUCAAAUCCAAGACUCAAAUAAUGUUCCUGACACAGGAGAUGAGCCGAGACUUGUGCAUGAGUCCCAUGGUAAUGAUGUUGGAUAUAGCGCAAAUUGUGUUCCCAGGCUAUCUUCUACAUAUUCACAUGAUCAGGCAGAUGUAGGAAUCACCAAUAUCUCGAUCAAAUCAGGUCAGUCACCGGGCAUAAGUCGGACAUCUCAGCUAGUUAUUGCACAAGACGGUGAAAAAGCAUCUGAUGAAUCACAUAUGAUAGUGGGUGCUUUUGACAAUGGUCUUGAUGGAGGAAAUGAACUUCUGAGUUCUGUUCCCAAAUGCUCUUCAACAGAUCAGACAGAAUUCAGUAUCCCAAACACUGAUAUUGCACCUGAUCAAUCUCUAGCUAGAUUGCAAAGGUCCAAAUCAAGGCAAAAGGCCCUAGAGCUCCGGACAAGUGGAAAAGCAACAAAGAGUCGCUUAAGUGAUGAAAAUAAAAGAAUAUCUUUUGGUGCAGUGACCGGAGUCGCAUUAUGUGGUAUUGAUUCAGAUGAGGCCGAUCAUUACAAAGGUUUAUUGAAAAUGGACAAAUCUCCCUACACGAGCAGAGGAAGCUCUGGAAAGAGGGUUGCUAGUGGAGCUUUGUGCAAUGAAAAUGGCACAAACAACAAUUGUGGUAGAAUGACAAGAUCUAGAAGCACAUGCCAAAGGCCAAGCUCUGUCAAUGAACCUUCAAAGCUGGCUGUAUCUUAUGAAACUGUGAGAAAACAUAGAGGCGAGGAAAAGUCUGUGAUCAGCCAAUCUAAAGGAAUAGAUCUGAGCAUGGAAAAUGGUACAAGUGGUCAAAUAAAAAGAUCUACAACUUCUUGCAUACAGGACAUUUGCCCGAAUGAAUCUUUGGAAAUUUGUAGAACUUCCACAAUUGAGUACGAAGGUGUUGGUAGCCUUUCACAACUUAUGGAUUAUGACCAUCAGCCUCUGAACGAGGAAAUCGAGGUGGCCGUUCCCUUUCACGCUAGUAAAGAAAAGAGUGAUGAGCGAGAAGAAGCUGCAAUUGAAAUAUCCAAGGUGAGGGAAAAAGAAAGUAGCAAGUCACUGGGUAAUAUCAUGAGAUCCAUGAGUUCUAGCCAACAACAUAGUCAUGUGAAUGAUGCUGUAGGACUGGGCACAUCUUGUUACAUUCCAGAGGUUGAUGGGGGCAUCCUUGGUGAGUCCAGUGGUAAACUAAGUCAAAAUCCUGAUAAACCUAAUGAAGUACUAGAGGUAGUCAAACCAUCAGAGGUUGAUUGUACCAAUAAAAGUUCAAAAGAUACCUGUCACAGCAACAAAUUAGUACCGAGUGCUACAUCUUUCGAUAUUGCUGAUCUUAAAGUCACUCAUUCCAGAUCUGAUGCAACAGAAAACAUUCCACUUUUAAGCUCAUUGAACAGGUCUGAUGAAAACACCCAUAAAGACUUGUCAGGAAGUCAAUUAGUCCUUCCGGUAACUAAAAGCAGUGGAAUUGUCAACCAGGAGGAGAAAGUUCCAUUUGCUACGGCUAUUGAGCAUGAAGGACACCUUCCUGGUGUGGGGUCUAAUCUGGAUGACUUUAACAUAAGAACAGAGUCAGAAGGUCUAGAUGUACGGUUGGCCGCUGAUGCUAACUUUGUUGUGAAGCCAAAGCAACUGGACUUUAACGAUUUAGAAGAUUGCAGGUUAAAUGAAUGCGAUAGCCUCCCUUCUGUGAUAAAAAGCCCACAACAAUAUCUGCAAAGGACAUGCCAUAAGUUGCCGGAGCCUGAGUCACUAGAAAAGUCAACCAAUGACUACCCUUCUAAAGUUUCCUUCGAGAUGCAGUUACUGCCACAGAGUGAAGCUUGUGAAGAAAAAACGAAUGCACCAGAGGUGGACAAAACAAAUACGGAGGAGUGCAAUGAAAUUGAAACAACAUUGGAAGCUUAUAUAAUAGGAAAGCAUCAGGUGAACCAUGCUGAAGAUGGCUCAGAUCUCCAUAAACGUUCUUAUCAGGAUAUGCAUCCGCCCAACUGCCUUCUAAAGGAAGGGUGUGCGGAGCAGCGAAUUGAUGAGGGUAAUUUUUGCUGUGUGAGGGGGACUGCGAGUGAAAUUAUUCCUAUAGCUUCCCAGCAACAGUGUUCAGUUCCUUCAGCUGUCCCAAAAUUAACCCCAUUGGUCACUGAAGAUCCAAAUAGUUUCUUGGAUGAGGAGGUAAAUAUGAAAGAUCAACCUGAUGGUCGAUGCUGCAUUGUUGAUGAUGAGAAGAAAUUGCAGCAGAAUAAACAUAGUUUUGAUUGUGAGAACAUAAACACCUUGUCUAGCACAGAGAUAAUGUGUUUGGAAGAUGGUUCUAAUAACUUAGCCGAGGGAGGUUUAUAUACAUCUGCUUCAUUUGGUGAUCAUCAGAACGAAUACAACAAUAUCUGUUCUUUAGAGUUUGGCGAAGCUCAGCCCACCCUUAUGUCUUCUUUGCCUAAAAGCCGAUAUAGGCACAUAGAAUUUAAUUCAUGGCCUCAAUUGAAGAGGAGAAAGAUCGACUACCAACAGACCAAUUGUUCCUCUGCUAUUGCAAGCUUAAGGGAACAAAACCUUCACAGUAUGCAGGGAGGCCAUCGUAUGAGUAGUCAUUCGAAGAAUGCUGAGAAUGAUUUAGAUGCUGUCCAAAAGCUCCUAGCAUUUUCUUCUUCUUGUGAACAAGAUGGCAGUGAAAGUUCUGGCAUGUUCUUCGAAAAAAUGGAGUGCCAUUUAGCAGAUGGCACUUUCUGUUCACCAGUUUUUAAAAACCAACAAGAGGAUGGUCAGUUUUGUUUCACAGAGCAAAUGAAGGUUGUACAGACCACUUGUCCAUCUGAAAACGAAGAGUUAGGACCAUGCCUUGUAUCAAGUUUAAGCAAACAGGCUACUAGGGAAUCUCAAGGGUCCUUUGUUGAGAACUUCACUACAUCAUAUCCUCCUAAUGAAAUCCUUGCUGCAAAAAGUUUGAGUCCUGAGCAGGAAUUUCAGAAGAUCUUUCAUGUCAGAAAUGACGGUGACCUAGAAGAUGCUGAUAUAUUGACUUCUAGCAGGAAUCCGUUGCUAGAUUGCGAUCCCCAUCUGAAGGACGGUGGCCCUGUUGGUUUACAAUGUAACAAUGAGCUUGCUUUUGAUCAAAAUUUACCGAUUUAUGAGGGAUUUGUUGUUGAUGAACAUUCUGAUAAUGUAGGGCUCGAUGCUAGUAGAGAUGAAAUUAAUUUUACUGGUAACUCAAUGCAACGUGCUAGCAUUCUGGAGCAGAUUUGUAGAAAUGUGAGCAUGUGCACCCCUUUAGUUCAUCUCUCACCUACAUACAAACCAUUUACAAAUGAAGACCCCUGUUUAUCUGUGCCAACUAGACUUCAUGAGCAUGCUGAUCGAACAAGCAAUAUAUCUUUAAGCGAGGAUGCUGGCAACCAUUUACAGGCUACUUCAACGAAUGAAGUAGACUCUGCCCUGAGGAAAAUGUUGUAUUCUGAUUCUCUACCAUAUUCUGGUGCUCAGUAUAGCUGGAAUGCAAAAAAUUGUGACACGCCUGUUGGAAGGUUCUGUCCAAGGAUAACAUCAAGUUUGGUCAAUUCAGAGAAGCGAUUGAGCUCUAAUCCAGAGCUUACAUGUUUCCGUAUUGAAGAAGAUUCCUGUGUUCUUGACGAAACUGAGAAUGUAUAUGAUGAUGAUCAUAUUCAAGAAGACAUUAGUUUGGCAGAGACCAAUAGCUGUUCCAGUGGAGAACCACCUCCUGAGACAAUAGAAGUAUUCCUAAAUCCUCCUGCAGCUAAGAAGUUACAUCAGACCGGUGGUCUAGAUCAUAGCAAUGCAGAGAUUCAAAGUAGUGUCAAACAGAGGCUCAGAAGUCACUCCAGCAAUAAUAAAAGUAAACUUUGGGGGAAGGAAAACCUGUUGUCAGCAGCAGGUGCAUAUAAUGUAAAGGUCAGUGAAUCACUUCACAACAGGUUAAGUAAAGCAAAAUUGUCAAGUACAACAAGUAUAAGAAGAGGCACACAGAGACUGUCAGAGAAGGUGAAGCGGAAUAACAUUGUGUCCAAUGUCACUUCAUUUAUUCCGUUAGUUAAGCAAAAGCAAGAGGCUGCAGUUUGCAAAGGUAAAAGAGAUAUCAAAGUGAGAGCACUGGAGGCUGCUGAGGCGGCAAAGCGUCAAGAAGAAAAGAAGGAAAAUGAACGCAAAAUUAAGAAAGAAGCAUUGAAACUUGAGCGAGCGAAAAUAGAGCAAGAAACUUUAAGGCAAAGGGAGUUAGAUAAGAGAAAGAAAGAAGAGGAACUCAAAAAGAAAGAGGCCGAUUUAGCAGCAAGGAAAAGGCUGAGAGAGGAAGAAGGCAGGAUGGAAAAGGAAAGGAAAAGAAAGCGCAUAGUAGGAUGGCAAGGUCACAGAGUGCAAGAAGAGAAAACAUUAGCUAAGAUAGGGGAGAAAGAAAAACGAUGCGCCAACACGGGUAAAAGCACAAACAUUAGGAAGGAAUCUAAUAGCAGAACAGGAAAGGCUCAGCAACUGGACAAAGUGAGCAGAGAUGAAAACACUUUAAAAAAGCCAAAAUCCCAAACUGAAUUCAAGGGUACCAAGAGUAGUAUUCAGGAAGUUAACAUUGCCCCUGAAAAUUGUGAAAGUCUUGGUACUCAUGAUGGCAGCAGAAAGUCAACUAGUAUGUUGGAUCGGUUAUCCUCUAGAAGUGGAGAUGGUCAUGAAAAAUCGUAUGAGAUGUCUCCGUACCAGCAUUCAGAUGAUGAAGAAGAAGAGGAGGAUGAGAUGCCUACUAAAAAGUUUAUUCCAACCUGGGCCAGUAAAAACUCUGUGGCUCUUGUUCUGUCCUCCCAACAACAAAUUGAUCCUAGUGUAAUAUUUCCCAGAGAGAGCUUCUGCAGUAUGAAUGAAGUUCUGCUGCCCAGACACCUACAGUGAAGAAGUUGCUGUUGUCAUUUUGGCUGGCUAUUGCAAGUUUCAUCCAGUGUAAGCAGUCAAGUUCUUGCUUUGCAACCUUUUGUUGAAGGUUUGUGUCAUGCUGAUGCAACCCUCGUGCAUAUUUCCUGAUGUUAUAGUGCAAUAUUAUUCGACCAUAGUCAGUAGUUCUCCAUCACACAAGUAGAUUUCUUCUAGCAGUGAAUAUUUUAAGCAAAUUCAUAUGAUUUAUGUGAUUGGAGGGACAUCAGUGUCAGAAUCUAGCCAUGUUCUUGAGUGGUACAUGAAAGAUGCACAACUAAAUGAGAGGACUUGAUAUAUAAAACCCAUAUGCCUGAACCACCAUUACUUUGUAUAAUUUGCUUCAUUUAUCAUAUACAAGUGUUUCUCAGCGGGUAUUAGUUUGAAAA